CCUCUGUCGUCCCCUUCUCCUUGUGCCCUCCAUCUUUCCCAACAUCAGGGUCUUUUCCAGGGAGUCUUCUCUUCUCAUGAGGUGGCCAAAGUAUUGGAGCCUCAGCUUCAGGAUCUGUCCUUCCAGUGAGCACUCAGGGCUGAUUUCCUUAAGAAUGGAGAGGUUUGAUCUUCUUGCAGUCCAUGGGACUCUCAAGAGUCUCCUCCAGCACCAUAAUUCAAAAGCAUCAAUUCUUCGGCGAUCAGCCUUCUUUAUGGUCCAGCUCUCACUUCCAUACAUCACUACUGGGAAAACCAUGGCUUUAACUAUACGGACCUUUGUUGGCAAGGAGAAGCUCUGGCAGAUUGCAGGGAGCGGCCAGUUUUUUGCUCCGAAAGCCUCUUCUUGAAACAAGGAAGAUGUAUUAGCCUUUGCGGGGCUAAGCAGGGCGGCCGUCACUCAAUUCAGGAGCAGCUGUGGACGAAAGUGGCCUUGGACCAACUCUGAGCAAAGAGACCCUUCCUCCGAGUACAAAUUGGAGAUGGAAGAGGAUGAUUCAGCUGGGACCAAAGCCCAAAGAGACCGCCAGGCCGGGGGCAGUGGGGCCUUCUGGGAAAAAACAGUGUGCAAGCUCCUGAGCGAGGCCUACAGCAGCUCAGACGAACAGCAAUGGCACUUUCACCAGUUCUGCUACCAGGAAGCUGAGGGGCCCCGGGAGGUUUGCAGCCGACUCCACCAUCUUUGCCAUCAGUGGCUGAAGCCAGAAAAGCACACCAAAGCUCAAAUGCUGGACCUGGUGGUCCUGGAGAAGUUCCUGGCUGUCCUCCCCCCGGAGAUGGAGAGCUGGGUGAGGGAGUGCGGAGCGGAGACCUGUUCCCAGGCGGUGGCCCUGGCCGAAGGUUUCCUCAUGAGCCAAGAGGCAGAGCAACGGGAGCUGUUAGCAGGAGGAGCCACAGAGGGAGAGGGAGCUGCAAUGGGCACCAGACUUGGGCUGUUACCAUUUAACGGCGCACCGCCAGUCGCCGAAACCUUAUUGGGUGGCAGAACCACCAGGGAGAUGUCAAUUAGGCCUUCUUAUUGUGAUGGAGUGGAAACAGUUGCUUCGCAGUCACUUGAUCAGGACCCAGUGCCCUUUGAGGCGGUGGCUGUACAUUUCACAGAGGAGGAGUGGGCUCUAUUGGAUCCGAGCCAGAGGGCUCUGCACAGAGAAGUCAUGGAGGAGAACUACUGGAACCUGGCUUCUCUGGGUUAUGGAAGUUGGAACGAGAAGGAGCUUGAACAGCAGAGGAGGAAACCCGAGGCAAGACAGAAGCUGAGGGAGAAAUCUUUCAUUUCUGAAGACGCGGACGUGUGUGAAAUUCCAAAGCUAAAAGAUGAAUGCGACACAGCGAAAAACACAAGGAACACCUCCCCUCAACACGCAACGAUUGCAAGCGAGAUACUGAGUCUUAGCGCAUCUCAAAGAGUGCAAAUAGCCGAGCAGCCGUACAAAUGCUCAGUGUGUGGGAAGAGCUUCAGUCAGAGCAGCAGCCUUACUGAUCAUCAGAGAAUCCACACAGGGGAGAAACCAUUUAAAUGUUUCUCCCCUGAAAAGGGUUUCUGCGACAGCGAGGACCUUCUUUAUCAUCAGACAUUCCAAACCGACGAGAAGCCAUAUAGAUGUUUGGAGUGUGGAAAGAGCUUCAAGCGGAAGACGCACGUCACAGACCAUCAGAGGACCCACACGGGAGAAAAACCGUUUUCGUGCUCAGAGUGUGGGAAGAGCUUCAGUCAUAGCACCGGCCUUACUUAUCACCGAAGAACCCACACGGGCGAGAAACCAUACAAAUGCUCAGAGUGCGGGAAGAACUUCAAUUGUAGCCAAACCCUUGCUUUGCACCACAGAAUCCACACUGGGGAGAAACCGUACAAAUGUCCCGAGUGCGGGAAGAGCUUCAGCCAGAAGAUACACGUGAUAAAUCAUCAAAGAACCCACACGGGCGAAAAACCAUUUACAUGCUCUGAGUGUGGAAAGAGCUUCACCUACAGCACCGGUCUUACCCACCAUCAAAGAACCCACACAGGCGAGAGACCCUAUAAAUGCUCGGAGUGCGGGAAAAGCUUCAGUUGCAGCCAAACCCUCGCUAUACACCUCAGAAUCCACACCGGAGAGAAACCGUACAAAUGCCCAGAGUGUGGGAAAAGCUUCAGCCAGAAGAUUCACGUUACAAGCCACCAAAGAACCCACACGGGAGAGAAGCCAUAUGAAUGUUCCAAGUGUGGCAAGAGCUUCAGUCAGUGGACAACCCUUACUAGACACGAAAGAAUACACACAGGGGAGAAACCAUACAAAUGCUCAGAGUGUGAAAGGACCUUCAGUCACAGCAAUAGCCUUACUUAUCAUCAGAGAACCCACAACGAAGUGAAACCGCCCGUUGCUCUGGUUGCUUUUGCCUCUGGCCCCAUGACACCCCUGCCGGAAGGCUGCCCUGGAGGGGAUAUGACCCUCUGGCUGGAAAACAUGUCCCACCCUUGACGCAAAUGUUCAAAACGUGUGGAAAGAUCUCCACUUGAGAGCACCGGUUUCUUGUACCGUAGAAUCCACUGAAGAGUAGAAGCCAUUUGAAAACCGGGUGGAAAUGGUUCUUUCCCAAAGUAAAGAAUUCACUACAAAACAGACGGAUGCUUUGGAUCCUAGAAAUGUUUGCAGUUGAGAAGGGACUUGAGAGGGGUUGCCCAAAUUUCAUUUCAGAUGAUUCACAUCCAAACAACAUCAUAUACAUAUAUAUAUAUAUAUAAAUAUGCCAUCAUCCUCUACCAUCUUCCCUCUAGAAGAGUCCCAGGAGAGAGGGAGGGAGGAGAAGACCUCAAGACCAGCUUCUUCUGCAUUUGAUGGACCCCAGGGAAGGAUCCUGGUGACUUACGAUAUGUUUACAGUGAUACCUCGGGUUAAGAACUUAAUUCGUUCCGGAGGUCUGUUCUUAACCUGAAACUGUUCUUAACCUGAAGCACCACUUUAGCUAAUGGGGCCUCCUACUGCCGCCGCCACACAAUUUCUGUUCUCAUCCUGAAGCAAAGUUCUUAACCCGAGGUACUAUUUCUGGGUUAGCGGAGUCUGUAACCUGAAGCGUCUGUAACCCGAGGUGCCACUGUAUAUUGUUUGCUGCGGGUUUUCUUUUUAAAAAUGUAUUUUGAUGUUAUUUGUAAGCUGCUUUGCAUACAGAGAGAUAUGGCGUAUAAAUAACUGUAGUAAUAAGUGAA